AGCUGGCUUGAAACUUAAUCAGGGAAGGCCGACUGUGGUUGUUCGUGGAACGGUGUGUGCCAGAGUUCUCAGUGGGGUUUCAAUCUCGCUGUUGACCGACCAUGCGGUCUGUGAUGGUGGCAUUUCUAAUGCACUUCUGCAGUAGCAUGAUGCGAUCGUAUGAAGCAUUCGGCCAAUCCACUGACCAUACUUAUCCACAAGAUAUGGAUGUUGUCAAUGGAUUACCUGAUUUUGCGGUUGUCUUCCCCGCUCUAGUGAAUACAAGCAGACCGGGAAGAAACGUCGGUGAAACAGAAAACCACUUUAAAGAAAGGAAUUCGAUUUUCCGAUGGAGACCAAGUGUUGCUUAUAAAAUUUUAGUACACAAUCGGACGUUAAUUUUCAAUUUGGAAUUACAUUCGGAUUUUAUUUCACCCUUUUUAGUAGUAAAACAUCUGAACGCUAGUACGAGGAAAUUUCGCUCACCUUCGACUGGCCUUAAUUGUUUUUACCAGGGAACUAUUAAUAAUGUCCUGGAAAACACGGUCUCCGUUAGUCUGUGCAAUGGAAUGACUGGAAACUUCAUUUUUAAUGGGAAAAAAUAUAACAUUCAGCAUUUAAAUCAAGGUACUAAUGAUCUUGACUUAACAACUCCAUUCGCACAUAUAAUAUUUAAAGAUAAAAUCAACUGGAAAUCUAACCAUUCCUACUGUGAGACACAUGGUGAUCAUGUAAAAGUCCCCGAAAGAAACAUCAGUAUACCUCAUGAGCAUUUUAAUUCAAGUACGUCUAACCAUAAUUACCACAGUAGACAUAAACGAUCUGACUCUUUAGAAAGAUAUAUAGAAUUGAUGGUUGUAGCAGAUCCAGAAAUGUGGAGGUACCAUGGAGAUGACUUAGAACAUUAUGUAUUCACAUUGUUGGCCAUGGUCACUAACAUAUAUAAACAUCCAUCUAUAAAAAAUUAUCUUAACUUAGUUGUUGUCAAAUUUUUAGUCCUUAAAGGUAAUGAGGAAAAUCUAGAAAUUACAUCAAAUGCAGUAAAAACAUUACAACAAUUUUGUAAAUGGCAAUACAAGCUAAAUAUUGAAGAUGAUGCCAAUGAACAUCAUGAUGCUGCAAUACUUCUGACAAGGAAAAACAUGUGCAGGUCAGAGAACAAUUGUGAAACGUUAGGUUUGGCUGAACUUGGGACUAUGUGUGAUAUGAAAAGAAACUGUGCUAUUAUUCAGGAUAAUGGUCUUGGUUCAGCUUAUACUAUUGCCCAUGAGUUGGGGCACUUAUUUAACUUACCUCAUGAUGACAGUGACAAAUGCCAACAGAUUACUUCUGUCAGUGACCAAAGUAGCCAUGGUACAUACCAUAUCAUGUCCCCAACAUUAGAUUACGAUUCCAGUGGAUGGCUUUGGUCAGAUUGCAGUGCAGUUCUUCUCACCAAAUUUAUUGAUUUAGACUAUGCAGAAUGUCUCCUAAAUAAACCAUUUACCAAAAAGUAUCAAAGAUUUCGUUCAAGAGAAAAGUAUCUUCCACCUGGACUAAAAUAUGAUGUAGACACUCAAUGCCGUCUGGCAUUUGGGCGAAAUUCAUACAGUUGUCCAACAAGAACAAGUUUUGCAUGUUCCCGUUUAUGGUGUAUUGGAGACACAGAGGAAACUUGUCACUCUGAGAAUUUUCCAUGGGCUGAUGGAACACCUUGUGGUGCAACAAAGUGGUGUCAAAAUGGUGCUUGUGUUAUAAAAAGACACUUUGAAAAAGUUGAUGGUAACUGGGGCAAGUGGAGUGAAUAUGAUGAAUGUACCUUUUCCUGUGGUGGUGGCAUAAAGAAAUCAAAGCGUGAAUGUAAUAACCCCAUACCAAAACAUGGUGGUGCUUAUUGUAUUGGGAAAAGAAUAAAAUAUAAAUCUUGCAAUACUAAGAAAUGUCCAGAAAAUACCAAAGAUUUCAGAGCUGCACAGUGUUCAGAAUUUGAUGGCAAAAUUCCACUUAUGGGACUUUCAUCAACUGUGAUGUGGGUUCCAAAAUAUUCUGGAAUCCAUUUGAAAAACACCUGUAAACUUUACUGCCGUGCAUCACAUGGAAAUGACUAUUAUUUACUAAGAGAACAAGUUACUGAUGGAACUAAGUGUUCUGAAGAUACUUUUGAUGUUUGUGUGAAUGGAAAAUGUCAGAGAGCUGGAUGUGAUUACCAACUUGGCUCUACCAUGAAACGAGACCGUUGUGGUGUUUGUGGUGGUGAUAAUUCUUCUUGCAGAACAGAAACUGGCACAUUAACUUACACAAAAUAUGGCUACAACAAAGUUGUUGAUAUUCCUGCUGGUGCCAGCAGUAUCCAUGUAUCCCAACAUGGCAAUGGUAACAGAGCUGAUGAAAAUUACCUUGCACUUCAGGAUUCAAAAGGUAAUUUUAUUCUAAAUGGAGAUUAUACUAUAAAAGAAUAUCAUCACCGGUUUCGAGUAAAAGGUGGAAGUGUAGAAUACAGUGGAUCUAUUAGUCCUGUUGAACAAAUUAACUCUUCAAGUAUCAUUGAAGAACAGCUGACUGUGUUGGUUUUAUCUGUGGGGUCAGUCGAGCCUCCUAAUAUUUUUUACUCCUAUAGUAUAUCAACUGGUGAAAAUGUAAGGUACUCUUGGAAUGCUGAUGGACCUUGGACUGACUGUGAUAAAAUAUGCCAGGGCCAAAAACGUAGAAGAAUUAUUUGCACCAGAGAUGAUGAUUUAAUAGUAUCUGAUCAGCGCUGUGAUGAAAACACUAAACCAAGUCAGAUUAUACAACAAUGCAACAUGCACUGUUCUAUUGGCUGGAAGGUGAUAUACAAAGAACGGUGUUCUGCAAGAUGUGGACCUGGACGUCAAAAGCAAAAAGUUCGCUGUGUAAAGACUUCUGCUACAAGUUAUGAAAUAACUGAUGAAAAGUAUUGCAACCAUCUUCCGAAAACUCAUAAUGAAAUCGUACCAUGUGAAGGGAAAUGUCUGCAAACACAUUGGGGAUAUGAUAAUUGGUCUGUGUGCAGUAAAAGUUGUGGUACUGGAAUUCAAACAAGGCGGUCUUAUUGCUUGGAUGACCGAAACAAACGACUUCCUGAUACAGAAUGUAAUAUUCAAAAUAAAAUAUCCCAACAAAUUUGUAACGACCACCGAUGUGCAAGCUGGACAUUUGGAGAUUGGAGUGGCUGUACAGCAACAUGUGGUUUAGCCAAAAAGCACAGAGAUGUCUGGUGUCAGAAUGAUGUUGACCAGAAGAUCCCUGAUGAAUUUUGCCAUAAUGCUCAUCGACCAAAGUCUUUCAUUGAAUGUAACCAAACUGAGUGCCCAGUAUGGUCGUAUGGUCCAUGGAGUGAGUGUCCAAAGACUUGUGGCAUUAGCUGGAAAAAGAGAGCUGUGCAAUGCCAUACAGUAAACCAUAUAUUAGUACAAGAUGAACUGUGUCCUGUUCACCAGAAACCAGUUACUAUGCAACAGUGUAGAAUAACAGAGUGUCGAGCACCAACUACAAUUCCCCCUAGAAGCAGCAUUAAACAAGAAUCUACAUUAAAGUGGAGAUAUGGUAGUUGGACAGAGUGUUCUGCCCAGUGUGGUGAUGAAGGUGAUCGACAAAGAUAUGUCAGUUGUACUGAUGAUCAAGGAAACACCAGAGAAGAUGCCGAGUGUGGCCAUCUCACAAAACCUACCACAGUUGAAAGAUGUUUAUCUAAACCUUGUGGUCAAUGGCAAACUGGACAGUGGGGAAAGUGUACUGUUAGCUGUGGAGAAGGAGUACAAACUCGUAUAGUUGCUUGUAUACAUCUUGAUCAUCAAGUUGAGGAAUUUAAAUGUUUCAAAAACUGGAAACCAGUUGCAGUUCAAGCAUGCCGACAACGGGAGUGUGAACUUCCAUCAAGUGAUUCUAGCAACUCAUCUCAUUGGAGAGUUGGCAAAUGGAGUGGGUGCUCCAGUACCUGUGGUUCAGGUUGGCAGCGUAGAAGAGUUGCCUGUAACUUUGAAGACCAAAGCCGUUGUAAUAUUUUACGGAGACCCAUUGAGAGGAAACCUUGCAACAGUGGCUAUUGUCCUGGAUGGACAUAUGGAGACUGGAAUGAGUGUCCAGUAACUUGUGAUUCAAAUGCGUAUCAGAAAAGAACAGUAUUGUGUCAACUUCCAAAUGGUCAAAUGUUGCCAGACCCAAAUUGUAACCUAUACCAAAAACCUGCUGAAACAAGGCCCUGCCUUUCAACUUGCAAUGAAGUAUAUGUAUGGAAUGUUGGAGCAUGGGGUCCUUGUCCGGCUAGUUGCGGUAAAUCUCGCAAAUACCGUAAAGUUCGAUGCAUCAAUAAAGAUAAUAUUGAAGUUGACUUAUCAAAAUGUCCUGGCAAACCACUUCGAUCCAGUAAACGGUGUCGAGUAAAGAAAUGUCCUCACUGGUACAAAGGUCCUUGGAGGCCAUGCUCUGUUGAAUGUGGUAAUGGUACAAGAACAAGAGAAGUUACUUGCAAACAAUCUAAAUAUAAAACAAUACCUGAUGUAUAUUGUAACAAGAAAAAGAAACCUAUAAGUGCGAAAAGUUGCUAUCCAGCACCCUGUAAAUAUAUAUGGAAAAAAGAGAGGUGGUCAUUGUGUUCUAAAACCUGUGGAUUUGGACAGAAACAGCGAGCUGUAAAUUGCAUGGAUUAUGAAAAUAAAUCUUUAGCUGAGGAUAAGUUUUGUUUAUUCAAGAAGCCUAAAACCCAUAGAAGAUGUGCUGAGUUCCCUUGUCCUUUACAAUGGACCACAGGCCCUUGGACUGACUGUUCAGCAACCUGUGGCCUUGGGUGGCAAUCACGAUCAGUGGUUUGUAAUUCUUUCUCUAAAGAAAACUGGAUACUUGGUGAAUCACAGUCAUGUAAGAACGCAGAAAAGCCUCCUUCUCAGCGUUAUUGUAACUAUGGUGACUGUGAUGGAUAUUUCUUCUGGAAGGUUUUUUCUUGGCAGCAAUGUCCUGACGCUUGUGGAAUCCAGGAGGUUAACAGGAGAGUGACCUGCAUUGAUAAAGCUGGCCGAGAAUAUCCUUCCUCAAACUGUAAAGAUACCGCUCCAGUAUCAAAACGAAUAUGUCCCAAUAAAAGAUGUUUUGUUUCUUCAUGCCAAGAAUUAAGAGAUUCAACAUCCAUUAGGCAAGAUAGCACCUACCGACUACUUAUCAGAGGAAAACUUGUCCCGAUAUACUGCAAUAAAAUGAAAAAGAAUCCUGUUGAAUACAUUACUCUACAAUCUCCUGAAGAAAACUUCUCAGAAAUCUAUGAAAAACGACUGAAAAAGAAAUGGACUUGCCCUCAAAAUGGUAGUCGCAUUGACAAUUGCUAUUGUCAUAAAAAAAAUUUCAGCAAAGCGGGUUACACAACAUUUUCAAAAAUACGAAUUAGUUUAAAAGCAUUAACUGUAGUAUUAAAUGAUUUCACUUUCGCAACAACUCGAAAUGGAAAAAAUGUCCCUUUUGGAACAAGUGGAGAUUGUUAUAGUUCUUUGAACUGCCCUCAAGGACAAUUCCAAAUUGAUUUAUCACGGACUGACUUUGCAGUUUCUCCAAGUACUAAAUGGAUAUCAACAGAUGAAAAAUAUCAUAACAGAAUAUCAGUAUCUAAGAACAAUAAGCUAAUAAGAGGUUUGUGUGGUGGCAGAUGUGGAACCACAUGCCUUCCUGACCCCCGUAUUGGUUUACAGCUUCAACUGAGUCAUUGAUUCAUA